AUGUGCUGGUACUGGGUCGGUUUUCUAGCGCUAUUGGCAGCAUUUGUGCAUGGCCAAGAUGUGGAUGAGUUUGACGUCAAUAAACCUCAGGUAACAACGACCUCUACUGGACAAAUGAUGCCUGCAAGGGAUUUCGUCACUUUGGCCAAAGCGUUCAUCCCCUUCCAGAACCCGGACAGCUUUGUGAUUGAAGCUAGUAGCUGGGGCUUUGGCGUCCUCUCUGUAGUGCUCUACAUUGUCGGUAAAGCACACAACCGUAAAAUUGCGGACAAGUGGCUGGAGGAAGCAGAGCCGGUGCUGCGAACCCAAUUUUCAUACACGGGGUCCUCGGUAGCAAACGGCAUGGGUCUGAUCGAAGAAAGUCGAAGCAACUUCAAGUACUUUUGUACAGGCCGGCGCUUCUUGACGCGAUUCGUUGCUGACUUGGAGUUGAAAGCUCGUCACAACCUCAUCUCUUGCAUGUACGGCCUCAUUGUUCCGACGUCAGACUUCUUGACGAUCGACGUUGGUCUUCGCGGAGAGGAAGUGGACCCUUUUAUCCUUGGUAUCAGUAAGAAGCUGGGCUUCACUGCGUUGUCCAAGAUUUUUGCUGAGCUGAUUGAAACAGCCAAGCAGAUUCCGGUUAAGGAGGUGCCUGAGUCGAUGUGGGUUGUUACGGACUGCACCGAAAUUCCUAAGGCUGCUCUAACGCACUCCGUACUGGCGUCGCUUAAAGAGCUGGAAGACUUUCUCGAAUACAUUGUGAUCACUGACAUGAAUAAGCUGCCUAUAAUCGGUAUGCCAAAGUCGCAAAAGCACAUCCUACGAGCUCGCUUUAAACUCCAGGCGGGUUCAAAGACGUUAGACACGUCGAAGGCGCUCCAGCUCAUAUUUACCCUGCUUGAUGGUGCUGGAGGCUCUAUGAAGCUGUCACCAAACGCAAAGCACAGCGCGAUAAAGAGACGUUUAAAGAUCGAGCAGGCUGUCGAGGCCCUUACUUCCGCCCAGGAAAAUGGUGUCGCCACUCGCCACGCAGAACUCAACGAGAAGAAGAAGAAAGAGUACGAAUCUCUGCCGUACGAUGAACAGCAGAAAAUUGACGCAAGGAAUGACAAGAGGGCUACUCGCAAGCGUUUCAAUCGCAAGCAAUCGGAUCAAACGUCUUUUAUUUCAGCACGUAGGGCUAGCGGUUUUUGUAUGUGGACCACCUGA